UGUCGAUUAUCCGCAUUAUGAUUUAUCAACUGAGAUCGAAGAUCUUUUCAUAGUACUAUUAGAUACCAAUUCGUUAAAUGAGUAUAAAAAGUGUCUUUAUAACAUCACAUUUGACCAUGAAAAUGAUAUAGAGAUGAUAUUUGUAACAGAUGUCUUAUUAUGGUUUGCAAAAAACGUAUUCAACACUACAUCGACUUUCCAUAGUAUAAAUAAGAACGAAGCACUGUUGGGAUCGCUUAUGAUUCAUCCAGUACUACAAUACCUUGUAAACGCAACUAAACACGUUAUAUACGUGCCAGGUGAGAUUUAUCUUAAAGCAAGCGCAAAUCAACGAUUAUUACGACGUAACCUUGAACCUGAUGAUGAUAAGCCUUUGGGCAUGAAAGUCGAUGGUUCUUUCCAGUUCCCUGAUGAGAGAGGACUCGAGAUUGGCAUGGUUGAAUUAUCUGGUGGCUAUUUAACCAAUGAUCUGCCUCGCUAUUUAAAAGAUCACGUAAAGGGGUAUUGGGGAUGCCGUGAUCUCCUUAAUGAUGUAAUUACAAAUUUUAAUCAUGGUCUUGAAGUACAAAUAUGGAGAGGCUUAGAUGAUACCCUCAAAGUACUUGAGGAAUUCAAAAGGUCACAUCGUCGAAAUACACUUUUACGCUUUCAAUCUAUAGCAUUAAAAAAUUAUAUUGGUGAUGCUAAGAGUUCGCCACAAAAACCUACGGGAAAAAAAUCACGUAUCAUAAAUCCAGUAGAGCAUCAUAUGCACCAUGAUCAUGACGAUUCUGAUUAUGAUGAUCCGCCUUCACCAUCCCCAUCGGGACAUUCUAGAUAUCCUCACCAAUUAAACUCUGAUUGA